GGCAACGCCAAAAACCUGACGUCACAUACGCAAGUCUUGUAAUUUGUGUGAUUGCGGCCAUUUUGUUUCAAGUUUCAAGAGGCGAGUGUGCUUGCCUUCACAUUUCGUGGGAUUUUUUCUCUGAAAACUUGCAAACAAAACCCGCGUCGAAACAUUUUCAUUUCGUUCAUUUUUGUGGGAUACAAAUCCGAUACGAAGGUACCAAUCACGACAUAACAACACGCAAUCCGACCAAAGUGUUCUGUGAGUGUUUUUCUUUCUGCACGUCGCCGUGUCGAAGGAGAAUUACAGGAAAAAGUGUUGGAAACGAGCGCCGCCACCGCACUAGGGAAAACCGAACGGGCAGACAAGCAGAAAAGUUCUUAUCCGGGCCAACGGCAACGACCAGAUAAUCAAUCGCACGCAACGGGAUCGCGAUUUUCUUGCAGUAUUUAAUCGCAAAGUGCAUUUGUGCGGUAGAAUCUGAGCCAGACGGAAAAUCAGCAGAAUUGGAAAAUUCUUAUCGGCGCCGUCAUCGUUUGUGUGAAUCGUUUGAGUCAUAUUUUCCGCAAAACGUAAUAGGAAUUCCGUGUCAGCGGCCGUGUGCGGUGUGAUUUUGCUGUGUUGUAAUUUUUGGGCGGAAUUGAGUUUGGAGCUCGGCCGCGGGUUUUCGAGAGUGUGAUCCGAGUACGACGUGUGUGAAAGAGGCCUGCGUUCGCCAGCCAGCCACCGUGUGCCGGGAAAAAGUCUACAGCGGGCCGCGUGAGGAUAGCGACGUCGCCGACGAUGGAGGACAAAGAAAUCACCAAGGAUCUGGACCAGUGGAUCGAGCAGUUGAACGAGUGCAACCAGCUGACGGAGACGCAAGUGAAAACCUUGUGCGAUAAGGCAAAGGAAAUUCUAUCAAAAGAAUCAAACGUUCAAGAAGUCAAAUGUCCAGUAACAGUAUGCGGCGAUGUACACGGUCAAUUUCACGAUUUAAUGGAAUUAUUUCGGAUAGGAGGCAAAUCGCCAGAUACAAAUUAUCUAUUCAUGGGCGAUUAUGUUGAUCGUGGCUAUUAUUCCGUCGAAACAGUAACACUUUUGGUAGCACUUAAAGUGCGUUAUCGUGAAAGAAUCACCAUUUUGCGUGGUAAUCACGAAUCACGACAGAUUACGCAAGUGUAUGGCUUCUAUGACGAGUGCCUACGAAAAUAUGGCAAUGCGAAUGUUUGGAAAUAUUUCACGGAUCUAUUUGACUAUUUGCCAUUGACGGCAUUAGUCGAUAGUCAAAUAUUUUGUUUGCACGGAGGUCUUAGUCCUUCUAUUGAUAGUUUGGAUCACAUUCGAGCAUUAGAUCGGCUACAGGAAGUACCACAUGAAGGGCCUAUGUGUGAUCUUUUGUGGUCAGAUCCAGAUGAUAGGGGUGGCUGGGGUAUUUCACCACGUGGUGCCGGCUAUACAUUUGGACAGGAUAUAUCAGAAACUUUCAAUCACACAAAUGGUUUAACGUUGGUAUCACGUGCACAUCAGCUAGUAAUGGAAGGGUAUAAUUGGUGUCAUGACCGCAAUGUUGUCACAAUUUUCUCAGCGCCAAAUUAUUGUUAUCGGUGUGGUAAUCAAGCAGCCCUAAUGGAACUAGACGAUUCACUUAAAUUUUCAUUCCUUCAAUUCGACCCAGCACCGCGACGUGGAGAACCCCAUGUUACGCGAAGAACACCCGACUAUUUCCUUUAAGCGAAAAACAGCAACAAAAAUAACACAAGAAUCAACAACAAAAAUAAUAUUAAAAAUAAUAAAAAUAGUAAUUAUAAUGAAUAUACAAAAAAUAUAUACGCAAAAAUGAAAAGGAAACAAGAAAGAAAACAGUUUAUUAUAAUUAUUAAUAAAACAAACUAUUAUUACAUUUAAUUGAGAAAAGAGGAAAAUAAAUGCAAUUAAAAACAAAACAAAAGCAAACUCUUUACUAAAGCAAAGAUUUGAACAUGAGGCAAACUGAAAUGGAAGUAGAAAAGGAAAAUACAAUACUUGAAAAGAAAGAAAAGUAAAUAAAAUGGAAAAACUGUUUACAUAAAUUUAUUACUAUAAUUAAGCGAUAUAUUAAAUUAAAUAUAAAAGAAAUAACUAAAUUUAAAUAAACAAGAUGAUGCGUAGUUUAGGGCAAGAUUUCUUCUUCUGGUUGAACUCAACAGCAACAAAGUAGAAAUGAAACCUUUUUUCUCACACAAACACGAAAUAUACGAAUACGUAAAAAUUUACAUUUUCCACAAAACACAAAACAAAACUCUUACAGAGAAAUGUUGAAUCAGAUUUGCAGUUAUUCGCAGAGGAAAAGUUCUCCAUUCCCGGAGAAAGAACGGCAAAUAGAAAUCGAUUCGCAGUAAAAGCGAACUUUAUAUCCUUUUGUUUUCUUUGCCAUCUUGUGAUUUCAAGAGCAGUUUUUACACAUACACAAAUGUAUGAAACAUUGUUAGUAACAAUAAAGUAAACCUAAGGAAGCAAGUACACGAUGACUGAUGUUAGCGCGCGAAAUGGAAACAAUGUUAGAAAUGUAACAAUCUGAACAGUUUUAGGAGAAGGAAAGUGAAAAAGUGACGAUGACCUCUUCACACCAAUUAAAUCUGUUGGACUAUUUUUUAUCUUUUAGGAGAAUAUGUGAAUUUGAAAGUUUUCUUUUUCUAUUAACAUGAAAAGUAAGAGAAAAAAAGAAAUGCUUAUGCAUCUAGUAUCCAACAGCAUUUUUUUAAAAUGGAAAACUAUUUGUUAAAUUGAAGUAAAAAUUCUAAUGCUACUGGCCGAUUAAAAAAAGGAAAAAUUCAAAUAAACAAAAAAAUGGAACAAUUUAAAAUAAAGAACCACCUAUUAAAGGGA